UCCGCAAGAGAUUCACCAAGUUUGCCAACAUGAGGUUCGCACUGCUUCUCGCUCUGAUCGGCUCUGCCGUUUGCUCCCCAUUAGUCUCUGACAUUGGCGGAGAAGUAGCCGGUGGCGUAGAGGGAGCUACUGGUGUAAAUGGACUUAAUGGUGUAUAUCCAGCAGGAGUUGGAACCCUAGGAAAUGGCGUCUUAGGCACCAACGGUGUCUUGGGCAGUACAGGCGUUGAUUCAUACACCAGCACUCUUGACAGAACCGGUUACGUAAACGGAUUAAACUCUGGUUUAUAUCCCACUGGUGUUGACACUGCCGGCGUCUCAAGUGGUAUAAACUCUGGUUUAUACUCUAACGGUCUUGGCACUACCGGUAUCACAAGCGGUUUAAAUCCCGGUUUAUACAAUUAUGGCCUUGAGAGAUCCGUUAGCUCAACUGGUGUAAACUCCGGUUUAUAUCCUAAUGGCCUUGGCACUACCGGUAUCACUAACGGUGUUGGCUCCGGUUUAUACACCAACGGCUAUGAGAGAUCUAGUACCUCAACCGGUGUAAACUCCGGUUUAUACUCCAACGACUAUGAGAGAUCCAGUACCUCAACCGGUGUAAACUCCGGUUUAUACUCCAACGGCUAUGAGAGAUCCAGUACCACAACUGGUGUAAACUCCGGUUUAUACUCCAACGGCUAUGAGAGAUCCAGUACCUCAACCGGUGUAAACUCCGGUUUGUACUCCAGCGGCGUACCGCUAACUCAGGUGGUGUAAACUCCAGCGACCUCGGCCAUUCUAUUAGCUUCAGCAAUUCAACUUCCAGUUCAUACUAAAACGGUAAUUCUAACAGUGUUUCCGGGCAGCAAUUAAAACAUUUCAAGAAACAAAACUUUCAGUAAAACGUAACAACAAUUCCAAUAGUGGUUUAAACAUUUCUAGCGAUGGGGACUUUAAUUUCUAACGAGGAAUAAAGACUUUGAAGAUGGGUAUUCAAUACAAUCAGCUCAAAUGAUGACAAACAAUUUUAUUGGCUUUUGUUAUGCUCAGAAAAGCGACAGUUCGUCUAGUCAGUAUGGAACUAUAAUCUUAGUUUUGCAAAAAACUGGCCUGCGUUGUUGUACCGUUGAGCCAAAGUCUGGCUUUAUCCUGAUACUCAGUUUAAUGCAUCGGACCAUCCAUUGUAUUUAAGUAAAAAUCAUGUUAAACUAACGAAGUUGUCUUAACACUACAAUGAAAUGUAAUAUGUUUUAAUUGUUCCCAUUCUCAGUGUAAUGUCUAAUUCAAAUUCAAAUUUGUUUAAUGUCAGAUAACAAGAUUCAUUUUUUUAGUAACAAACUUAAAAUUAUGAAGAUUUGAAGUAUUGUGAUUAAUAAUUA